AUGGAAGAAACACAAUCUCAACCUCUUUCCAAGGCUGAAAAGGCUCAGCUGCAUCUGGAGAAUGAAACAUUGGAAGGAAACCCGCAGAAACGAGGUGUUACGAAGCCUCGAUCUCUCCACAGCUCCCAGCAGAGGUUUCGCCAGGGGAGAGAAUCCAAUGCGGCAGAGAAGAGCACCAUUGCAUUAGCUUGCGGAUGGAUCGUUGAGCAUCAACUCGGUAUUGCCUUAAAUCUACUCUGCCUUCUCUUCUUGCUCCACAGUGCCUUUCCAGCAGCCCGACAUCACACACAAAAGUUCAGAGAAUUGUCAUAUUACAACGCAAACACUGGGAAAUAUGCACUGGGCAGGGAUGAUUCCCUGUUCGUGUGUUUCUGGAUCGUUCUGCUUACGGGCCUCCGUGCGGGCGUUAUCGACUAUCUCCUCAUUCCUCUUGCUGCUUCAGCAGGCAUUGAGAAGAAGAAGGCAAAAGUCAGGUUCGCUGAGCAGGCAUGGCUUAUAUGCCACCACGGAACAUCCUGGUUCUGCGGCAUGUACAUCUGGUACAACUCCUCCUACUGGCUGAAUUUGCGCGCUCUUUGGUCAGACUUCCCAACUCGAGAAAUAGAUGGGCUUGUCAAAUACUACUACCUCGUUGCUUUCGCCUUUUGGUUGCAACAACUGGUCGUGGUCAACAUUGAAGAACGUCGCAAAGAUCAUCUACAAAUGUUCACUCAUCAUAUGAUCACGUGCGGUCUCAUGUUCGGAAGUUACUGUUACCAUCAGACGAAGGUUGGGAAUGUGAUUCUCUGCCUGAUGGACGUAGUGGACCUUUUCCUUCCAUUGGCUAAGAUAUUAAAAUAUCUCAAAUUCCGCUUGAUCUGCGAUAUUGCGUUUGGUGCAUUCAUGAUUACGUGGUUUUUGGCAAGGCACGUCUUGUAUAUGACGGUAUGCUGGUCAAUUUACGCCCAUGUACCCGAAGAGGUCAAUUACGGAUGUUAUCGAGGGACAUCCUCGGACCUUGAAGGCCCCCUCCCCGUGCCGGACGAUUACGACCAUUUAAUUCGACCCUUUUUCGACCCCACCGGCCUUGUUUGCUUGAACACGGGUAUUCGGCAACUAUUCCUGGGUGUUCUGCUUGCAUUGCAGAGCAUACUUCUGAUCUGGCUCACGAUGAUCGUGAAGGUUGCCUACAAAGUCGUCAGUGGAGAAGGCGCAGAUGACACACGGAGCGAUGACGAAGGCUUCGAAACAGAAGAGGAUGAAUCCCAAGAUCUUAUCGACAAGAUUCAUCUUUGCGUCGAGCCUCGGCCUUACGUCCCAUUAGCAAAUCUGCCCAUCGAAAAAGAGGUCGGAUUCGACGAGAUGCGCAUUUCUCCGUCACGGUUGGGCCGAGCGAGUCCUGUUGGCCGGUCAUCUAGAAAAUCUGAUGGCCAUGCUGCAGCAACAACAGGUAUCAGCUUGAGAGGACCCAGUAAUCGCAAGGAGCUGCUGGGAAGGAUUGGCUGCGAUAAAGGAUCAUAG